UUAAGUAUUAUUAACUUUAAACUUAUAACAAGUUAGUUGUUGUUUGAUGUAUACAAGUAGUUAAGUUCCUACUUCUUAGUUUAGUACCUACUAACCAGUUGGAUGUGAAAUUUUAUGAUAAAAAUGAGUGUUUCGACUAAGUUUACGAAUAGUUUUGAUGACUCUGAUUAUAAUCCAUUCUCGCCGGUUGAAGUGUCUGAUAUAUCUAUCAUAUCUGAUUUUAAUAGCAAUCUUGGUUAUAUUUUAGCUUAUGACAGUGACCUUGAAACAAUAAGUAACAAUAAUAAUGUCGAAGAUGACGGCAUUCGUACCAUAGAAGAUUCCGAUGAAGAAAACAGAACUCAAGGUAAAAAUAAACGUAAGAAUAUUUACAGAUGGAAACGUAAUGUAAGUAAAACUUUGAAGACUGUAAAUGUAUCCGCAAAUGUUUUACCAAAGUAUUUGACAGUGAAAAGAGUAAAAUUUUAAAAUUAUUUAAUGAAACCUCACAAGGAGAAACAAGAUACUUUUCUUGGUGGUUUAAUAAAAGUUAAUAAAAUUAUAAGAAAACGUCCCAAGGAUUCUAGUAAACCAAAAUCUUGUUCUUGUAUUUAUAAAAUCAGAGUUGAUCAAAGUGAAAAAGUAGUGUGCAAGAAAGCAUUCUGUUUUCUGUUUGGCAUACAUAAAUCUAGAGUGGAAAGGAUCAUAAAAUCAAUGCAGAAUAAUAUACCAAGUCCAGUAGAUAAGCGGGGAAAACAUUUUAAUAGAGGAAAUUCUAAAAGUGAGAAAACUAUUUUUCAGGUAGACACCCACAUUAGAAGUUUACCAGCUCAUGAAUCUCAUUAUAGUCGCAAUAAAAAUGAAUCUGUUAGAUACCUAUCUUCUGAUCUUAAUAUGUAUAAAAUGUAUGAGCUUUACAUGUUGAAAUAUGAAAAUGAAAAUUGGCAACAAGUACUAGAAAAUAAGAAUAUGAAACCAAAUCUUUCCUAUGACUUCUAUCGAAGAUACUUUUUAACUAAUUUUAAACUUUCUUUUGGCUAUCCACGUUCUGACACCUGUCAGGUGUGUGAUAAGCUUCAAAAUUUAAUUAAAGUGGAAACCAAUGAAGAAUUAAAAAAUAAACUACAGACUGAAAAACAAUUGCACCUCUCUAAAGCUGAAGUAUUGUUUUUAAAUACCUGUUAAUAAAAUUAAGGUAAUUAGGUAGUAAGGUUUUAUUUUAACAAAAAAAGCAAGUACUUACCUACAGUUGUCUGUUAUUUAUAUUUUAUAUUAGUUUUUUUUUUCAUGAUUAAUAUACGUAAUUUGUUUUGUAUAUCAACAAAAAACAUGUAUACCUACUACUAUUUUCUCUUAUUUAUUUUUAUAUUGUUUUUUAUCAUGUUAACUAUUAUUAUAAUUUGUUUUAUUUUAUUGUUUUUAAAUACCUGUUAAUAAAAUUAAGGUAAUAGUUUUAUUUUAACAA